AUGGCAGAAGUUUUACCAAUUCAAAAUGUGGUAGAUGCAGCAACGGCAAAAAUUCAUUCGGCUUCUGCGAUGAUUAAUCCUGCUGGAACGACAACGACGACUACGAAUACGAAUGCAGCAUUGGCCAAUCCACUUCCGUCUACGAAUACGUCUAAUCGAUUAGGCCGUUCGGCAAAACAAACAAGCAAUUCAAACGCAAAAGCAGCACAACCGGUCAGAAAAGUACGAUUGAAAUCUUAUUUGAUGACAAUCAACGAAUAUGGGUCCGUUCUGACUCUCAAUUCAAAUGCCAAUGCCGUAACAAUCAUUCAAGGCGUUUUUCACUGCACGCCUUCGGGCCUGUAAUACAAACGCCAUUCGAUGUCUGUGUGUUUCGUUGCGCCCCUUUUUCCCAUGUCAAAAUGACGUACGAUCGGUAUGCUUUGAUAUACAAACAUUAUGAAGGCGGGCGUAGAAUAUGAAGAGG